GUUGUGAUUUCAAAAUUAUCUCAGUUCAAAAUUAUCUCAGUUCAAAACAAAAUUCCAGUGAGAAUUGGGAAAAUCUGAAUUGCAAGCAUGGAAUCCUUUAGUGUACCGGAGGUGGACAUGAUGACCGUAUCCAAGAACUCGCAGAUCGAGCGGGAAUCAAUCCUUAAGUUUACUCCGAGAUGUGGACUGACCAACGUCAGCUACGGUGAAAUGUACAGGGUAGACUCAUUCUACCUGGAGUGCCAGAAGUACCGGGAUCAAUUCCGUGAUCCAUACAACAAGUUGCUUCGCCCCAAAUUGUUCAGCACGUAUAGAGGAAAAUGUGGCAUUAAGAUAGAUCCUGAGCUUGAGCGCCUAAAGAGACCAGCUGCCUCUCACGUAGAGUCCAUUCCGGUGGUGUAUCCCAUAGAAUACGGACGGAAGAUGGACUUCGACAGGGGCUUCCAGAUGGAGGGUCGCAACAGCAGGGACUCAGCCAACACCCGAAGGUAUCCGUGUGUGCGUGUGUUAGGCAGAUGAAAGGAUUAGACGAAUAGCAUCCUAUGAAAAUCACUCGUUUGACUUUCGUUUACUUUCAAAUUAAACCAUCUUUGAUGUA